CGCACCAAACAAACACACCCUCUUCACCAUUGUCACUAUAUAAACUCUUCUUCCACCUCUCUCUCUUCUAACUAACCAUAUCAUUCUCUUUCCAAAUUUUACUUCAUCUUUCUCUCUUUCGAGAAGCUUCUGCUUGUGAAGGUGGAGCUUCUCGUCGUUUCUCAUCCUUUCUGUUACGAUCGAAUUUGUGAAUCUUCUUCUUCUUCUUCAUCGUAUUACUUCACCGAUCAAAAUGCAUAACAAGGACGUUUGUUCUCCGUCAUCCAAAAGCGGUUACGGCAUCGGCGUCAACAACGCCGGUCACAUGCAGUCGAACGCUGGCGUGUUUGCUUCGUUGUACUCUGCUCUGAGUAAUGAUCUUCCAUCAUCGCUCGCCGGAAACAGCAGCAACGGCGGCGGAUUUUCGCUUUAUCCUUACUCUGACCUUGGAACAGAGUACGACUCAUGCGUGAUACAGAAGCAUCAGGAUAUGGUGAAUCGUCACAGUAUGUUUCUCAGUCGCCUUCUGGAAAGUUCCAAAGAGGUCGAAGCUCUGCAGCAGGAAAACGGACAGCUCCGUGCCGUGAACAAAGAGUUGCAGAAGAAUCUGAACCUUCUCGUUCAAGCUUCGCUGGAGAACCGAUUCAAUGGCGGUGGAUCCUCCGUCCAGACUCAAUCAACUCCGUUUGAUGUGUUGCAAGGUUUCCGUGGCUUGAAUCUUGGAGAUGGAAAGGAAAACUGUGCUGAUUGGAAUAGCAAUAACAUCAACAAUAACAACAAGGAGUUGCAGGAAGCUUCCGAAUCUGAUGAGAGUCCGACGAGUGUGAUUGAGAAUAACGGUGUUGAAACGGAGAGGUUCUCGCUUCCAAAGAGCAUUUCUGUUAGAUCCAAUGGCUACUUGAAGCUUGCUCCGCCUCCGGCCGUCGUAACUAACAACAAUGCUUGCCGCACCAAAGGCGCUACUCGCUCCCGCGCUUCCUCCACUCAAUCUGAUACAGUUCAAAAGGUAUUUGUGCGAGGAGGGCAGAAAGAGGAAGAGCCUCUUGAGAUGGUUGUGUACAACCAGGGGAUGUUCAAGACUGAGCUCUGUAACAAAUGGCAGGAAACUGGCACAUGCCCUUAUGGAGACCACUGUCAAUUCGCUCAUGGCAUUGGGGAGCUUCGCCCAGUGAUCCGCCACCCACGCUACAAAACUGAGGUCUGCAGGAUGGUCCUUGCUGGGGUUGUGUGCCCUUAUGGCCAUAGAUGCCAUUUCCGUCAUGCACUUACUGAACAAGAGAAAGCUAUGUCACAACCUAAGCCCAGAUCAAUGAAGCUGGAAAGAUGAAUGGUCUCAUGGAGGUGUUUGUUUGACUCAAAGCAUAUACAACGGUACAUAAUAAUAUUCUUGAUUGUGUAAUUACAACAAUUUACAAACAGGGACAGUAUGAGCUAGCUGAAAAUAAUUACUUUCCAUUAGAAAGUAAUACCAAAAACAAAAGGGAACGCUUGCAGCAAAUUGAGGUCUAUAGCAGGAUUCUUGAGGAGAAUGUGUAUGGCCCUCAUGUCUUUCUUUUUUCUCCCCCAUAAGUUUGACAUUUUGAAUUUUGAGCAUUACAUACAAAUACGUCUAUAUGGGUCCCAACAUAACGAACCAAAGGGAAGGUACUCUAUGAAAUAAUACCAUUUUUUGGUAGUUUUGUAACGACGCUCGUUCCAUACUCUGCAAAGUUAGCAAUUUCUGAUUGUGCUUGUAAUAUGAUAUUUCUAGUGGUCUAUUUUUCAAUUUUUUAUACUUAUUCUUUUAAGGUAUUAAUAUUUA